CGGAAAUACCGGUACCUUCCAUACCAUAACGCGCAGCGUACAUGUAUGCACCACAUCCAAGUCUACGAUUCAGGAUCAUACACUACCAUUUAUAUCCCUCCUAUAUGCAUUCAUUAUGGGACCAUAUCGCUAUAUCCCGCUUCCUACCGGGCCGCGCUUCACACGCCUGGUCCGCUUGCUGCCUGGCAGUGGUGAUGCUGAGAUUCGUUGCGAAAUCUUCGACUUCAAACUCCAGCGCGCACAGCAAACUUCUAACUUCGAGGCUUUGUCCUACGUAUGGGGGGAUUUGAAUGAUAGAAAAAGGAUUUUCAUUGAGGAUAGCUAUCUUGAUAUCACCGCCAACCUUCACACAGCGCUGCGCUAUCUAAGAGAUUCUGUACUGGAAAGAGUCUUGUGGAUAGAUGCGAUUUGUAUCAAUCAGGACGAUCUCGCAGAGCGAAGUAAUCAGGUCGGUUAUAUGGUCAGCAUUUAUGCAUCUGCAAUAAGAGUCGUGGCGUGGCUCGGAGAAGACACGAGCCAAGGUGAAAGCUGCUUCACGCUAUUGAAAUUGCUCGCACGUUUCAGUCGUGAGGAGAGAAAAGGGAGGUUUCAUGCGUUCCACGACCGGGGCAUCUUGAGAGACGUAGAUACGUACCGGCAACUACGCCAAAAUGACAGCUUCACCUUCAUGCUCCAGAGCCCGUGGUUUGAACGUAUCUGGGUUCUCCAAGAAGCUGCGGCAGCACAAUCCUUCACCUUUGUGUACGGCCAGCAAUGGUUGGCGGAUCACGUGUUCUGCGAAGCGAUGAUCAAUUACCGAACCUUCUUCGUUGAUGGGACUACCAGCCUAGAGGAACAAGAGCUGUGGGGACUUAUAUCAUCUGUGCUAUAUCUUGUCCAAUGGGACGCCCACCCGGGCACUCAGUGGUCGAGCUUGGAUAUUCUUCCCCUAAGGCACAUGGUCAGCAUGUUUCAUACCCAUGAUGCAACGGAUCCGAAAGACAAAGUGUACGCUCUACUAGGCAUGAGCACUGCCGAAAUGGCAUCAAGGCCCUACAUUGUCGUCGACUACUCGAAACCAUGGGCUUCCGUCUUCUGCGAGCUUGUUCGGUACCUCCUCGGAAGCACUGUUCGUAUUCAGACAUGGAACCACCGGCUCGAAACCUUACUUUUUGCGAGAGUAUUUGUCCUGGGGCGAGUAGGUCAAGUAAACAGGAACGUCAAUACGAGCAAACACGAAUUGGUGACCAAGGAGGAGCACAUAUGCAGACUAAAUCGUUAUACAGGCGCCAGUGAGACGUUCUUGUGGACAUUUGAUUGUGUCGUGUAUGGUAACCCCAUGAUACAAGAAGGUGACAUCGUCGUUCAAGUACAGGGAGCCGAGCGACCGAUAGUUAUAAGGAGAUGUUUAGAUCAUUUUGAGAUCAUCUGCGUUUCGGUCGACGUUAAAUAUGUCUAUCUCGAAAGUGGUAGGCAUUCGGCCAUCUACUCGCUCGACGAACCAACUCAGUGGCUCAGAUCAUCUGAAAAUAUACCUUGGGAAACGUAUCUGACAAUGAUCGAAAGCUAUCCGCAUGAGCUCGCCCU